AUCAACGACGACUGCACUGACCGAAGGGUUAGGGGGUCGGGUGCAGUAACGAGGGAAACGGAGAGCUGGAAAGGGAAAGGCCCAGGGUAGGCUGGAUUUCCUUGCUGCCUUGUUUGUACACAGAGGGCUGCACCAAGGAUUAGGCAUUUCCUGGGCAGUUUGGUGACUCUGCCAAGGCUAACACUGGGGAGUCCUCUCUGUUCAGUGUUACAGGGAAAGCCCCACCCAGCUGGAUGCCCAGUGUAAGGAAGGAGCAAGAAGCUGGUUGUAAUUCCUGAGGUUGCCAGGCUUCUGCAUUCCAAACUCAUUUCCAAAGAUGAUCCAAGAAAGGCACAAACAUUUAGGUUUUAGACAACACCCAUGAGAUCUUGCUUUCAGGGAAUCUCACUUUAUGAAAUAAACAGGGGGAGGGAAAAUACUAAGAAAGUCCUCAAGUUGAACCCAAGGUCGUGUGGGUGCAAGCCCUGGUGACCCGGUGAUGUCAGCAAACAGUGAGGCCACCUGCACAGCGCGCCUCAGAAGGCUGUGGCACUCCAGAGAGGCAGAUGAAGCCGAGGUCCUCAGCGAGGCUGGGAGUCCCGGGCACAGGAGGUUUUCCAGAGGCAUGGAGAGUCUUAGGGAAUAAAUUUCCAGAUUCCGAUUCCACAAGUACCUUCAGAAUUAAUUGCCAUUCAUAAUUGCCCUUUCCCACCUUACGAAACAUGUGCAUCCCCUCCCUCCUAUUCCAGAUUGAACAUGUGCCACCCUGGAGGCAGGUAAACCUCAAGGUGUGAUAAAGGGGUGGUUUUAAAUAUUGGUGCCUAUGAUAUGUCCCGAAAUCCAGGCAGCAUAAACCGGAGCAGGGCUCUGAGACUUCCCUGGCUGAUCCGUAUUUCUAAACACCUUUCUCAGCAGUGGGAAUGUUCCUUGGGGAGUACUUUCAUUUAUUUGCCUGGGACUUGUUCUGAUUUGUGUUUUGCAUGAUUUCAGGAAGGGGUAGGAAAACAGUGCUCUGUUUCCAUCUGACCAAUCAACCUUACAUCUUCAAAAGUAACAGAAGCAUAUAUUGGAGAUUUAACUGAAAAAGGGAGAAGAUGGUUCAUUCUAAAGUGAAAAAAGAAAAUCCUGAUUCCGCUUCUGCAUUGGACAGUUUUCCAGUGCUAAAUGGGAAUGCUGACGACGUAUGCCUACCAGAGAAAAAAAGGCAGGAAAUGGGGAUCGAGAACAACCUGAGCAGCCAGUAUGAGGAGAAGGUGCGUCCGUGCAUUGACCUCAUCGACUCCCUGCGGGCUCUGGGUGUGGAGCAGGACCUGGACCUGCCUGCCAUCGCCGUCAUUGGGGACCAGAGCUCGGGCAAGAGCUCGGUGCUGGAGGCUCUGUCGGGAGUGGCCCUUCCCAGGGGCAGUGGUAUUGUUACGAGAUGUCCUCUGGUGCUGAAACUGAAAAAGCUUGUGAAUGAAGAUGAGUGGAAAGGGAAAGUCAGCUACCUGAACUGUGAGUUUGACAUUUCAGACCCUUCGGAGGUGGAAAUGCAGAUAAAUAAAGCCCAGAAUUCCAUUGCUGGGGAAGGCUUGGGAAUCAGCCAUGAGCUAAUUAACCUGGAGGUCUGCUCGCCGCACGUCCCGGAUCUGACCCUGAUUGACCUUCCUGGAAUAACCAGGGUGGCUGUAGGCAAUCAGCCAGCCGACAUCGGAUGGCAGAUCAAGUCCCUCAUCAGGAAGUACAUAAACAAGCAGGAGACCAUCAACUUGGUGGUGGUGCCCAGUAAUGUGGACAUUGCAACCACGGAGGCGCUGAGCAUGGCUCAGGAAGUGGACCCCGAAGGGGACAGGACCAUAGGCAUCUUGACAAAGCCUGACCUGGUGGACAGAGGUACAGAGGACAAGGUGGUGGACGUGGUACGGAACCUUGUCUGCCACCUGAAGAAGGGCUACAUGAUCGUCAGAUGCCGGGGCCAGCAGGACAUCCAGGACCGGCUGAGCCUGGCCGAGGCUCUGCGGAGAGAGAAGGCCUUCUUUGAGAACCACCAAAAUUUUAGGGUUCUUCUGGAGGAAGGAAAGGCCACGGUUCCCCAUCUGGCAGAAAGACUGACGACUGAACUCAUCAUACACAUCUCUAAAUCUCUGCCUCUGUUAGAAAACCGAAUAAAGGAAAGUCACGAGAAAUUAACAGAGGAGUUACAAAAGUGUGGCGUAGACGUACCAGAAGAGGAAAGCGAAAAAAUGUUCUUUCUGAUUGACAAAAUUAAUGGAUUUAAUGAUGACAUCAAUGCCAUAAUACAAGGGGAGGAAUCAGUAGGGGAGGAAGAGAGCCGCCUGUUUACCAAACUCCGAAACGAGUUCUCUAAAUGGAGUACAUUGAUUGAAAAAAAUUUCCAGAAAGGUUAUGAAGCUAUAUGUCGACAAAUCUGGAAAUUUGAAAAUCAGUACCGUGGCAGAGAGCUGCCAGGAUUUGUGAAUUACAGGACGUUUGAGACGAUUAUUAAACAGCAAAUCCGAGAACUGGAAGAGCCAGCUAUUGAUAUGCUUCACAGGGUGACUGAUUUGGUCCGAUUUGCCUUCGCAAAUGUUUCAAUAAAACAUUUCAAUGAAUAUUUUAACCUCCAGAGAACAGCCAAGGCCAAAAUUGAAGACAUUAAAUUAGAACAAGAGAGGGAUGCUGAGAAGUCGAUCCGACUUCACUUCCAAAUGGAACAGAUCGUCUAUUGCCAGGAUACAGUUUAUAGGGGCGCCUUAAAGAAGGUUAGAGAGCAGGAAACGGAGGAAGACAAGAAGACCAAGAAAACAGGCGGCUCGUUCCUGGCACACUCUUCUGCAGUGGACUCCUCCAUGGCUGAAAUCUUUCAGCACCUCACUGCCUACCAGCGGGAGGCCAGCAAUCGCAUCUCCAGCCACGUCCCCCUGAUGGUCCAGUUCUUCGUCCUGCAAACGUACGGGCAGCACCUGCGGAAGGGCAUGCUGCAGCUGCUCCAGGACAAGGAGUCCUACGACUGGCUCCUCAAGGAGCGCAGCGACACCAGCGACAAGAGGAAGUUCCUGAAGGAGCGGCUGCUGCGGCUGAGCCAGGCUCGGCGCCGGCUGGCCAAAUUCCCCGGCUGAGGGGCCCUGGGUUCCGGGAAGUGGGAGGGGACCUGCAGAUUUCCCGGAGAGCUGUCCCACGACCGCUUCACCGUCUAGCAGAUUCCUGAGUGCUUCUCAGCCUCUAGGGGCUCAGUAUCGCCCGUGGAUCAGUCGAUAAGAAGCAGUGCAAUUUGAUUUCCAGCAUUAGUGCCGAAGUGUCCCACCCUUAGGAAACAUGUGCUCUAGAUUGGACAAAUGAUUCCUGAUUAGGAAGUAUUUCCACCCCUCAGCACUGUCCUUCCUCUCUGAAUCCUCUGCCUCUCUUUAUCAAAGACCAACCCAUACUGAGCAUCGUAGGAUUAUAACCUGGUUUUUGUAACGUUCUUUCACACACCCAGCGUUUUAGGAGCAUGGGCAUCUUGCAUGUAACACAAGGACCAGAGUUCAUAGGUUUGUAAUAAACUUGUUUCCAGCAGACGUU